AAAAGGUCGUCUGACAACAGAAGCAUCGCAUAGACCCUCUUAAAAUCAUGAAUCUGGAUGAACUGUGGUUUACUAUGCUACUACCUUUUUGUCUGUGCUUGGAAACUGAAGAACUUGCACUGGAAACUAUUCGUAGAGGCACCAAUAAUUCCUCUCUCUGCACCACACCCUUGCUGCGUAAAAUCACUUGGCUUAUAUGCAAUAUCAGAACAAAUCGGACCACCAUAGAAGACAGCUGUUAUCUGCAGUUUGAUCCUGAAAUGAGCUCUGGAGCUCAAUGUGGAGAACGGUUCACUCUGAAGACGGAGAAUAGAAGAGUGUUUCUGCUGAAAAAUUCAACUCCAGAACACAGUGGGCACUACCUGUGCGAGUGCUCGUAUUUUAAUAUUACCACUGAAGAGGAAGCCAACUUCUCUCCGCUCACAGUGAUCAGUUGUAUGAUGGCGAUUAGUGUGGUAGCUGGAGUAACCAUCACAGCUGGAGUGUUAUUUGGACUUACCCUUAGAAAAAAACAUAACAGAUGCCUCAGACAAUCUUCAGGACCUAAAUUAGAUAAUAAACCAGAAGACUCCUACACCAGCCUUCAGCAGCCUGCAGGAGAUCUCUACCUGACUGCAGCUCCUGUGAAUCAUGUCUAUGUGGACUCUAUGGGGACUUCGUCAGUCGGCAAAUAUAAAAAGGGUUGUUUGACAAGCGAAGAACAACCAGAGGACAUCUAUGAAAACAUAUAAAACCUUUUUAUUU